CAGCUCAAUGCGAUCCCGACAGUCGGCCCCACUGGCUUUCUCUCUGGAUUCGUCGGACCGUACCAGUUCUUCACUAAUGCCAAAGAUAUCCCACAGGAAGGAUAUGAAAAGGCACGUCUAUUUGUUGUCGCUCUCGUUGAUCGUUGGGCGAUAAUAGCUCCUGGGUGCACGAUGGUUGAAGAUUUGAUGAAGGCUACAGAUGAUCAACUGAGUAUAAUCGGGGCAGCAGCUGAAACCUUGCAAGUGGAAUAUACGUUGAAAGUCGUUCUUCAUCCGUACCAUGUCGCAAUGACCCGUAACAUCGCAACCCGAUUUGCUGAAGUGAGGGAUGAGACGGUUUCCGCUUUUGCGGAUCUCAUUCCUUUGAAAGAUGACUGGGUCAAGGUUCCGGCCGACAAAACGUCCUUCCAGAUCGUGGGCCGUACUGCUAACAGCUUCUUUGCUGGUCUCCCUCUUUGUCGUCAUUCUGAUUGGUUGGACUUGAAUACAAAUUUUGCGGUCGAAAUAUUUAUCUGUGCAAUGACCAUCAAUCUAUUUCCUUCGUUCCUGAAACCAAUCGCUGGGCGUUUCUUAACGCGAAUGCAAUCUAGUACGAAACGAGCCACCAAGCAUCUAGCUCUUAUUAUUGAAGAGCGCCUAGCAAGGGAAGAUGAAUAUGGGACUAAAGACUGGCCUGGUCAACCCCGUAAGCAUUUUAGGCUGCUAGACGAGGAAAAGGUUGAACAGGUUGAACAGCGUGAAGUGUCUGACCUGAUAAAGGGGAUUCUCGUCAUUGAAGUCGCUGCCAUUCAUACCACAGUGCGUAACUCAUUCUUGCAUCGUACUUUCUGUAACGCUCUAUACCAACUCGCGCCACACCCAGAGCUGGUCGUACUUCUUCGAGAAGAAGUAGAAGCCAUUGCGGAAAAAUCGGUUUGGACAAAAGAAGGCGUCGGCAAAAUGCGUCAGCUGGAUAGUUUCUUAAAAGAGAUCCUGGGAUUUUCUGGCGGCGGCGGAAUCGUCAAUAGUCGCACAGUCUUUCAAGAUUUCACAUCCUUGGAUGGGACAUCUGUCCCAGCUGCGACCACCAUUGGUGUUGCGGCAUACAUGCAUCAUCAUGAC